UUUACUGAAUGCAAGUGCGGUGUGCUAUCUGUCUGGUGUAUUACCUAAUAUAUUGCUGAAAUGCAUUGCACAAGUUGAUGCAGCUGACAAGAUGCAGGAGAACGGAGAAAAAUCUAAAUGGAAAUUAUUUCUGGAGGACAUCAGUGUCUUACACUUGGUGCUGGCCUUCUUGUUUAUGGGUUUGUCAGGGCUGAUUUUGAUGGUUUAUCUGAUGUUUACGUCACUGUGGCUGAUUCCCAUUCUCUACUUCACCUGGCUGAUAUUGGACUGGGACACACCUCAGAAAGGUGGAAGAAGAAGUGAGUUUGUGAGGCGCUGGUGUGUGUGGAAACAUUUUAAAGACUACUUCCCAGUAAAGUUAGUGAAGACAGGGGAGCUGAAUCCCAGUAGGAACUAUAUUAUGGGAUGCCAUCCGCACGGCAUCAUGAGCAUGGGCGCCGUGUCCUGCUUCAGCACCGAGCCUGGUGGGUUUGCACAGGCGUUCCCGGGAAUACGCUCCUCUCUGGCCAUGCUUGCUGGCGUAUUCCGCAUGCCGUUCGUCAGAGAGUACAGCAUGUUAGCAGGCUUGUUGCCGGUCAAUAAGCAGAGUCUCGAGUACAUACUGAGGCAAUCCGGUGUGGGCAACGCUGUGGUCAUUAUCAUCGGAGGAGCUGAGGAGUCACUGUUAUCUGCUCCUGGAGUGAACACUGUGGUUAUGAAGCAGAGGAAAGGCUUUGUUCGUCUUGCUUUGGAAAACGGGGCUGACCUGGUUCCAGUGUACUCGUUCGGUGAGAACGAGCUCUUCCCGCAGGUGCUGCUGUCCGAGGGCAGCAUAGGCCGCAAACUUCAGGCUCUGUUUAAGCAAGUGAUGGGUUUUGCGCCAUGUCUCUUCACUGGGGGGCGCUGUCUGAUCCUGCCUUACAGGAGACCCAUCACCACUGUGGUUGGAAGCCCCAUCUCUGUGCCUCAUGUACGCAACCCACCCGAACCGCAGGUGGAGCACUAUCACAACCUCUACAUGGAGUCCCUGUCCAAACUCUUCCACACACACAAAACCAGCUGCGGACUGGCAGAAACACACGAGCUACGCAUCAUCUAAACAAUACACACAAACAUGCUAAGUACUUGUUGCAUUCGGUAGGCAGGUGUCAGGGGUAUAAUCUCCAAAAAGGGCCCAUCUGUGUGUGCAGGCUUUGGUUCCAGCCGAGCAGAAGCCACACCUGUUUAAUUAGUUGUUUUUGGCUUUCAAUACACACAUGCCCUCUCUGGAGAAGAUUGGACACUGCUAUCCAAAGGGACUCAGGACUACAUUUUUAUAGUUGUAACCAAAUUACAAAUGUAUGAUAGUGUACAGCUUUGUAUUAAUUUACAGAUAAUGAAAUUUGUUUAAAUCAUUGAAUUAUGGUGGUCAUGAAAGCAAUUUUAAAAAUGAUCUAACCACAAGAAAUGGUGAAAUGUAUUAAAAUAUUAAUUUAGUUUACAAAAAGAAAAAAAACUACAUUUUCUAACGAUCUUAAUUUAUGCGCAAGAUGACUUCCAGGGCUUAAUGCUACUAUAUCUGUACUUAAUUAAAAACCAGGGACUUUUGUAGAUUUAUCAUUAGUUGUACAGUGAUUCUGUUGACAUGCAGUAUAUACAUUUGAUAAAUGCACUAUGAAGUAUUGCAACAUACUAACAUUAAAUACUAUUUUAACUCCAAAGACUGAGCAUGAGAACAAAGAUGUGCACCGAGAUUUAGGUUUUAUGUUCAUGUUUAAAAGUUUAAACAUACUUACAGUAUGUGUGGCAACACUAGUUACCUGCUCUGAUUUGGACUCUGAUUGUUCUACACUGACUGUAUCCAGGUAAAUGCACUGACCUGAAACUUAUUUUUGUUCCAAAACAAAAAAAGAAUAAGGUGAGGUUAUGAUCUGUUUGGUUGGUAAAGAAAAGUGAAAAAAAGAUGCUUACAUUUGCAUGUGUAUGUAAUCCCGACUAGACCACCCGUGGUGUUUUUAUACCCAGGAAUAUAAAGUAAGAAUAAAUAAAUCAAGUGAAAUAACAAAAAUAUGUAGGAUCCAGCUGGCUCGAAUAGAUCAAAGACAGAGACUUGAAAAGAAAAAAACGAUUACAGCGGAUUACACGCACACAAACAGUCAAAGAGAAAAUAAAGGAGAAAAAAAAGAAAGAAAAAAGUCCAGUAACCUAUUGCACAUACUGUACAUCAUACAACACAAUAGGGCAGAAUAGUCUUAAAACAUGCUAUACAUCAUUGGUUCAAAACAGCGACACCCAGCUGUUGGAAACAGUCCAAUAUAAA